AUGGGCAGAUCACAGACUGCGACUCUCCCAAUCAUCCCGCUUGCCAGAGGAACCGUCCUGCUUCCCGGCUUAAUCCAACGCAUCUCUGUGAACUCGAGCCGUCCCGACAUACCCGCGCUUCUUGCGCACGUGUACGAACAAGCGGCGGCUAAAGGUCCCGACGGCCGAAUCGACAGCAUACCCAUCGCUUGCGUUCCCCUCACAUCGCCCUUUGUAGGUCCUACGGGCCAACUUCUCAUCAAUAAUGGAGAGGAGGUAGAUACGUCACAGCUCGCCGAGGUGAAUCCCGGCAGCGCCAAAAAGGCCGACGUCUUUGGCUUUGGUGUUGCCGCCAAGAUAGUCGGCAUUGAUGGCCGCGGCGCUGGCGAGUUUGCCCUACGGGUUGAGGGUACUUCGCGAGUGAGGGUAGAGAACAUUGCCCGGGAGCGGCCGUUCUUCCAGGCUAAAGUGACGUACUUUAACGAUGAGAUUGACAUCACCGACAAACAGCUCCAAGACCUCUUUGCUUUGCUAAAGGCGCAGUCUCGCGAACUUGUCACCAUCUUGAGAAUCUCGUCGCUUUUGCCGCGCACUAAGAGUGGCCCGGCACUGUCCCCUGGUCUUACGAAACGACUCGAGAUGCUCAUUAUGAGGAGGGAGAUCAAAGAAGCUGGCUUGCUCGCUGAUUUCAUGUCCAACUUGGUGGAGGCAUCGCACGAAGAAAAGCUCGGCGUCCUAGCUGCCCUGGAUGUCAAGGUCAGAAUCACAAAGGUUAUCGAACUGCUGGAGCGACAGGUUGGAGGGAUCAAGAACAACUUCAAAAUCACUACAUUCACAUCGGUGCCCGUCCAGAUUCUCGACAGGCUGAAUGACAAUCCCAACAAACGGAACAACCCUGGCUUGCCGAUUCCCGGCAUGAACUUCCUCCCCGGUGCCGGUCAGAUGCCGGCGGGCAAUGACCAAGGUGACGAGCAGGAAGCAAACGAACUGGAUGAGCUGAAGAAGAAGCUGCAGAAUGCUGGACUUCCAACUGAAGUCGCCAAGACUGUGGAUAGAGAGCUUCGACGCCUACAAAAGAUGAUGCCCAUGAAUCAGGAAUACCAAGUUACUCGUAACUGGCUUGAAACCUUGUCCGAGAUUCCUUGGGCAGCGGUAACCGAUGAUCGACUUGGGCCGGAGACGCUGAACAGAGCGCGGAAACAGCUGGACGACGACCACUACGGCCUAGACAAGGUCAAGAAGAGGUUAAUCGAGUAUCUCGCUGUUCUCCGUCUCAAACAAUCAUUGAACGACGACGUGGAGGAACAGAUUCGCAAGGCAGAAGCAGAGGUUGGCCCGGUGCAAGAUUCCGCCAACCAGUCUGCCGACAACGCUACCAGCCCGGAGAACAACGCCAAGCUUCAGAUCUUGAAAUCAAAGAAAAUGGUGGACAAGUCGCCGAUCAUGCUUCUCGUUGGCCCUCCUGGAGUUGGCAAGACUAGCUUGGCCAAGUCGGUUGCAACUGCGCUGGGAAGGAAAUUCCACCGUAUUUCUCUCGGCGGUGUUAGAGACGAGGCUGAGAUUCGAGGACAUCGCCGAACCUAUGUUGCCGCUAUGCCCGGCCUCAUUGUUCAAGGCCUGCGAAAGGUCGGCGUCGCCAACCCAGUCUUUUUGUUGGAUGAAAUCGACAAGAUUGGUAUGGCCAGCGUCCACGGAGAUCCCUCAGCCGCCAUGCUUGAGGUCUUGGAUCCCGAGCAGAAUCAUACCUUCCAGGACCACUACGUUGGCAUGCCAAUCGACUUGUCAAAGAUCCUCUUCAUCGCCACGGCGAAUAACUUGGACACCAUCCCGGCUCCCCUUCUGGACCGGAUGGAAAUGAUCUAUCUACCUGGCUACACUACCCUCGAAAAGCGCCACAUCGCCAUGCAGCACCUCGUUCCCAAGCAGAUUCGAGCCAAUGGAUUAGCCGAAGAGCAGGUCACUUUCAACAAGGACGUCGUCUCCAAGAUCAUCGAGUCAUACACUCGGGAAUCAGGAGUGCGCAACUUGGAACGGGAGAUUGGCUCUGUAUGCCGUGCAAAGGCUGUCGAAUUCGCAGAGGCCAGAGAUGGUGGUCACAUUGAAAAGUACAAGGCCUUGCUUACAAUCGAAGACAUUGAGAACAUUCUCGGCAUCGAAAAGUUUGAGGAGGAGAUUGCUGAGAAGAUGAGCCGUCCUGGCAUCGUCACCGGCCUCGUGGCCUAUAGCACGGGCGGCAACGGCAGCAUAUUGUUCAUUGAGGUGGCGGACAUGCCUGGCAACGGCAGGGUACAGCUGACAGGCAAGCUCGGCGAUGUCCUCAAGGAGAGUGUCGAAGUUGCUUUGACCUGGGUCAAGGCUCACGCCUAUGAGUUGGGGCUUACCCCCGAGCCAACAACCGAUAUCAUGAAGGACCGCAGCAUUCAUGUACACUGUCCCUCUGGCGCAAUCCCCAAGGAUGGACCAAGCAGCGGCAUUGGCCAAGCCAUUGCUCUCAUCUCCUUGUUUUCCGGAAAACCUGUGCCUCCUACCAUGGCCAUGACGGGCGAAAUUUCCCUUCGCGGAAGGGUUACGGCUGUUGGCGGCAUCAAGGAGAAAUUGAUUGGAGCUCUUCGUGCCGGAGUCAAAACUGUCUUGCUCCCUGCCCAGAACCGCAAGGACGUCAAGGACCUGCCUCAAGAAGUCAAAGAUGGCUUGCAAAUCGUACAUGUCAGUCAUAUUUGGGAAGCGAUUCGCUUAGUUUGGCCCGACUCUCACUGGGCCGCAGAUAGUCAGUAUGCCGGCAUUGAAAGCCGGCUGUGA